AUGUCCGCUGCACCGGAAGCGAAACGGGCCAAACUGACUCUGCUUCCCUCGCAAACGGCUGGAACGAACCUGUCGCAGAUCCGCUCAAUUUUGGCCGACGAAUACAGCAACCCGAUCGCCCUGGUCGAAGUGUACGUUAGCAGCGUGCCGAACAGUAGGCAACUUUCGAGAUUGAUUCCGGCUCUGUCGAGGAUUCUGCCCCUGGCCGGUUUGCAGCAUCUGAAGCGCGUAAACCGUGACGGAAGCAUAAUCCUUGCGCCGGUCCAAGAACUAGACCAAAAGCUGCGCAAGGGCGACACUGGCGAAGGGAGUCAGCCAUCGGUGGCGGUGUUCGUGGAGCGGUUUCUACAGUCGGAAGGCCUAGACGAUCGGCCCCUGGUGGAUGCACUGUGCAGCGAUUUGAAGGUAGUUUCGGUGGCUGCUUCUCAACCCCUGCUUCGGUGGCAGUAUGAGCUCGUGGACGAGCGUUGGCCAUGCAAGUUCCACCCGAAUCACCGGCACGAGGCGCUACACGCGAACACACUGUUCGGUGGGCCCGAACUUGAACUGCAUCGCCAGCUGAUGGAGGUUUGUCUGUGGCUAGCGGAACGCGAAGAAGGUCGUCCGUGCGGUGUAUGCGUAAACCCACGGCUUGGAGGCCGGAUCGCCGCGAUCGGUGUCGGCCGCAGCGACCAACAUCCAAUUUGGCACUGCCCGAUGAUGCUAAUCGAUAUGGUUGCCGUUUCACAGACCGGUGGCGUAUGGAAUCGUGAGCCACAGGCGCAAGCCGUCCGUGACGAUGGUUUCCACUACGGCGGUAUCCGGCCACGGUACGAGCGGUUACUUCGGGCGCAGUACGGCGAACGGCUGAGCUUCGGUGCGGAACCGAUUCGCAACAACGGUGCAAAUUUGGCGGGAGCCGCUCACGACCACGACCGGGACGCUGCGGACGACAAUCUGGCCAAGUACGGACCGUACCUGUGCACGGGGUACGAUGUGUACCUCACGCACGAACCGUGCGUCAUGUGCGCGAUGGCACUAACGCACAGCCGCGUCCGAAGAGUCUUCUACCACCACCCGACGGCCCAGGGAGCCCUCGGGACGCGGAUCAAGCUGCACACGGUCAAGGAACUGAACCAUCGCUACGAAGCGUUUCGCAUAGUGUAA